AUGGCUUCCAAAGUGAAAGAUGCCGUGGUGUGGUACCAGAAAAAGAUUGGCGCCUAUGACCAGCAGAUAUGGGAGAAGUCUGUGGAGCAACGGGAAAUAAAGUUUAUAUCGCUGGGUCUGAGGAACAAGCCGAAAAAGACGGGUCAUGUCAAGCCAGAUCUUAUCGACGUGGACUUGGUUAGAGGUUCCGCUUUCGCAAAGGCCAAACCGGAGAGUCCAUGGACCUCGUUGACUCGGAAGGGCAUCGUACGCGUGGUCUUCUUCCCGUUCUUCUACCGAUGGUGGAUCCAGGUCACCUCCAGGGCCAUCUUUCUGUUGUUGCUGGCGCUCUACAUGCUGCAAGUGGUGGCGGCACUCCUCUACGCCACCAUCCCGCAGCCUCACGGCAUCCCCGCCACGGAGGUUUUUGGCGCCAUCUGGCUCAUGCUGUUGCUGGGCACAGUGCACUGUCAGAUAGUCUCCACGAGGACGCCCAAGCAAGCCUCGGGCAUUGGCGGGAAGCGCCGCAGGAAGUUGAGGAAGGCCUCUCAGAUGGAGGUGCAUAGGGAAGGGGACGGCUCUAGUACUUCCGAUAACACACAGGACGGGUCGCAGUACUCCUACUCGGCCUGCGCCACAAACAGCCUGGGCACUCUCUUCCAAGAUUUCUGGCAUGAUCUGUGUAAAGCUGGGUCCAAGAAGUCCAAGCUAUCCAUCGACAAGUCCACCGAAACGGACAACGGCUACGUGUCGCUGGACGGUCGCGUGACCAACCGCAGCAGCGAGGAGGGCCUCCAGCUGCACCACGAGCAGCGCUGUGAGCUUUUUAACCGCUUAGACGAGGCGUGCUGGAUGGCGCGGGGUCCACCCCCACGUGCUAACGCGGCCACUAUACACCUCAUCGGCGCCGGCAAGGGGCCCGCGUCGGAUGAGGCGUCCAGCGAAGAGGAACAUGAGACGUCUUACAGCGCCCUCCGCAGGGGAAUGGAAAGACUCGCCGCUAACUGCACUCUGCGAAAUCGCAAGAACACGAACUACAAGAAACACUACAUUGUGGAGGUGAAUGAACUCUUACAAUCCGGUACCAGCUGCAGCUCCAGGUGCUCCAGCCUGAGGACGCAGGACUCCGAGAGCACUCGCCACGAGUCCGAGACUGAGGACCUGCUAUGGGAGGAUUUCUUGCACUGUGCCGAGUGCAGGUCUUCCUGCACAUCGGAGACGGAUGGAGAAGGUGGAGGCGCGCCAGUGUGUCCUCCCACCAAGAAGGAGUACAGAGACGACCCUUUCCAUCAGGUAGGGAAACGUGGUCAUGCACCAUGGCUGCACAGCUCCAACCCGGGCUUGGAGAGGGUGAGCGCCAUUGUGUGGGAAGGAAACGAAUGCAAGAAAGCGGACAUGUCAGUCUUGGAGAUCAGCGGCAUGAUCAUGAACAGAGUGAACCUUUAUACUCCAGGAAUUGGUUAUCAGGUGUUUGGUAAUCUGGUGUCUGUCACAUUGGGACUCACACCCUUCGCGUACAGGCUGGUUCAGCACCGCGAUUUGGAGCAGUUGACCACGCUCUCUGCCCACGAGCUGCUUUCUGUGGCGCUGGGUGGCGGGACCGGUUCGGACACCCUGGUGGUCACCAUGGUUACGCUGAGCUUCAUGGUGCGGGUGUGUCUCAUCUUGCUGUUCUUCUUCUUGCUGAGUGUCGCCGAGAGGACUUACAAGCAGAGGCUGCUGUUUGCCAAACUGUUUGGUCACCUUACCUCGGCCCGAAGAGCCAGGAAGUCCGAAGUCCCUCAUUUCCGACUGAAGAAGGUCCAGAACAUCAAGAUGUGGCUGUCGCUGCGCUCAUACCUCAAACGUCGAGGUCCUCAACGCUCAGUGGACGUCAUUGUGUCUUCUGCCUUCUUGUUGAUGCUCUCCGUCGUCUUUAUCUGCUGCGCGCAGUUGCUGCACGUGCACAAGACCUUUCUGGAGUGUCACUACAACUGGGAGUUGGUGGUGUGGUGUUCCAGCCUCUCACUCUUCCUGCUCCGCUUUGUCACGCUGGGGUCCGAGACGAGCAAGAAGUACAGCAACACUUCCAUUUUGCUUACUGAACAGAUCAACUUGUAUCUGAAGAUGGAGAAGAAACCCAACAAGAAGGAAGAGCUGACUCUGGUCAACAAUGUCUUAAAACUGGCAACCAAACUUCUCAAGGAGCUGGACAGUCCAUUCCGGCUGUACGGGCUGACUAUGAACCCGCUGCUGUACAACAUCACCCAGGUGGUCAUCCUGUCCGCCGUCUCCGGUGUCAUUUCGGACCUGUUGGGAUUUAACUUGAAGCUGUGGAAAAUCAAGUCGUGA